AUGACAAACGGUGACAACGGUCGUAAAAAUGCUCUUGAAAUUUAUUUGUCGCUGAAACCAAUAAAUCCAGUUUCAAAUACAACGAUCUAUAGUAAUAUUGACAAUGUUUUUGUCGAGUUAGCAGAUUAUAAGCAAGCUUUAGAGAUGUAUAAUACGGCUCUUGAACUGCUGCGACUGCACGACUCAUCGUUUAUUAAAGAUGAUCUAGGCCUAGCACUAAUCUAUAAUAAUAUAGGUGGUUGUUAUAAUCAAAAUGGUCAGUAUAAUCGCUCAAUCGAAAACUAUGAAAAGUCAAUUAGUAUUAAACUAAAAUAUUUGCCUUCAAAUCAUCCAUCAUUCGGAAUAACCUACAGUAAUUUGAGUGAUACAUGUCGUACAAAUGGUAAUUAUAAAAUAGCAUUAAAAUAUUGUCAGAAAACAGUUGAUAUUCAUCUGUUAACAUUACCAAAAGAUCAUAUAGAUCUUGCAAAACUGUAUAAUGCUAUGGCUAACAUUUAUAUUGUUAGUGAAAAUUCAAUAAAAGCGAAAAAAAAUGAUGAGUUAGCACUUGAAAUUGUAUUAAAUCAAAUGGAGCAGAAGCAUCCACUCUUAACUACCAUCUAUAACAACAUUGCCACUAUUUGUUUGAAUGAAUAUCAAUAUGAACUUACAAUCAAAUACUUUAAAUGUGCAUUUGAUGAAAUUGGUUCUUCGGACACAAUCGGUCAUGCCGUUAUUUAUAAUAAUCUUGGUGAAAUUUAUCGUAAGACUGGUGCUGAAGCAAUAUACGAAGGGAUUUAUUCGCAACAUUCAUUAGCAAAUACUUCUGAAAUUGCAACGACAUUCAAUAAUAUUGGAGCAUUGUAUCAGUUGAAUGGUGAAUAUAAAUUGACGAGAGAAAACUAUGAAAACUCAUUAGUAUUUGACUUGACAUCAUUAUCAGGAAAUCAUCCAAAUAUUAUACAAACCAAACAACAAAUAUCAUUAAUAGAUGCACUUCUUUGA